GCAGGCAAGGCAGCGGGCACCGGGCCAUCAGGCGGAGCAGCGGGCAGUGGGCCAUCAGGCGGAGCAGCGGGCACCGGGCCAUCAGGCAGAGCAGCGGGCACUGGGCCAUCAGGCGGAGCAGCGGGCACCAGGCCAUCAGGCGGAGCAGCAGGCACCAGGCCAUCAGGCAGAGCAGCGGGCACCGGGCCAUCAGGCGAAGCAGCAGGCAAGGCAGCGGGUACUGGGCCAUCUGGCACGACAGCGGGCACCGAGCCAUCUAGCAGAACCGCGGGCACUGGGUCACCAUGCUCGACAGCGGGCGCCGAGUCAAAUGGCAUAAUA